ACUCCGCGGUUGAUAUUGAUUGCGAAGUGGGCUGGGCUCGUGACUAAAUAUAAUGUGAAUUGAUUAUUAUUUCUGGUUAUAAACUAUGUAGACUAGAAGGUGUCAUGGGUAUUUGCUGUAACAUCUCUAAUGGAUCCGUUCGCUUGUAGAAGAAGGAUGAUGGCCUCGGAAGAAAUUGUGUCCAUAUCUGUGACAGACGUUUAUGAUCAGGCUGCGGGGAUAGCCCAAGAAUUUGACAAGUUAAUAACAAGUUAUGGUCACGAGUCUGUCACUGAUCUCAUGCCCAAAGUCAUCAGAACUUUAGAACAGUUAGAGAAUCUAGCCAAUAAAUAUGAAAAAGAAAGUGAGGAAAUAACACAGUUGAGAUAUGUAGUUGAUAAACUAGAAACAGAAAAAAAUGAAAAAGCCCAGGAAAGAGCAAGAUUUGAACAGGAAUUAGAAAAUAUAGAAGAUAAUUGGCAAUGUGAAGUAAAGGAACUUUUAGCUUUAAACAAUCGUCUGUUAACAGAGAAUAAGAAAUUACGAGAAAACUUACAUGAACAUAAACAAUCUGUUACAGAUUCCUUAGUAAUAGAGCAUCAAAAAACAGAAGAGCAAGAAAUCAAAGUUUUAUCCAAGUUAAAAGAAACUGUUGAUAAACAAAGAGGAGAGUUACGACAUUUACGUAGAGAAUUACAACAACAACAAAUAGACUGUGAAGCUUUACAAUUACAAUUAGAAAGAAUAGCCAAAGUUAACGCUGAUCUUAGACGAAAAAACAAUCUUCAUACGAAACAAUCAGCUACAUUAAUAGAAGAACAAUCAGAAUUAGCUGAGGCACUCAAGUCAAAAGAUGAACAAGUUCAACAAAUAAAAGAAAGACUUCAAGAACAGGAUAAUGAUGAAGUCAAACGAAUAGCAGACAUAAGAAGAUUAAGACAUGAAUCAAGGGAAGAUUCGGAGGAUGAAAAUUGUGAAAAUAUUGAAGAUUUGCGACAUCGAUUAAGUAUGGAGGGCAAGAUGAUUAUUGACCUAACUGAUCCAAAUCGACCAAGAUUUACACUUCAUGAAUUACGUGAGGUUCUAAUGGAAAGAAACGAAUUAAAAACUAAAUUAAUUGAAAUUGAAGAAGAACUGAGUCUGUACAAACCAAAUGAAUCGUCUGAGAAGGAUCGACAAAAUGACAAAGGAGCUGGUUAUAGAGGAGAAGAAGUUUUAGUUUAUGGACCAAUCAACAAAGAACCGGAGCAUAAAAUUAAUCCUGUGAAAAAACAAGGCGGAAUACGCAAAUUCUUUCAGUCUCUAAUAGAUGAAUUGGAUUUACCACAGUUAAACUUUUAAUCUUAUUGCUAGUUUUGGGUUUUUAUUUGGUGACGACUCACCCCGUUCCAGUCCGCAGAAAUCUAAACGUAAUUGACCAUAUUAUUGUGAAGAAUAUAGCAACAUCUGUGAUGAUAUCAUGUCUUCAGGAGAAGAUAACUGUGAGAAUAUUUUUCUUCCUGCUGCAUUCUGGGAAAGUGAUACCCUUUGAUGAAUAUAGCUUAUACCGGUAUAAAAUUCCACAUAAACUUCAAAACACCAAAAAAGUACAUGUCUUGUUGAAUUGAAUUAGAAAUGAAAUACCUUAUUUAAACACAAAAUACUACUCGAUUGUUUGGUUGUUUAAGCUUUGUUUAAUUGUAGUUUAAAACAUGUUUUUUAUUAUCAUUCCUGUGUUAAAACAUAUCCACUUUAUGUUUUAAGUGUAUUUUAUUAAUUUUGCAUAUUGCAUAAUCCGUUUUAUUAUAAUAUUACAUGGCUAACGAUGUUGGAUAAAGAUUGAUUUGUCUAUGUAUAGACUUCUGUAUGUCAAUAAAUUAUACUUUUAUUUUAUUACAAAAUAUUAGCAUAUGUUCUGAUUGCCAGGUCCUCUGCUGAACAUUAAUCAUGCUUGAUGGACAUAUAGAAUGUGGUUCAUACUCACAGGGACUCAAAUGUAUGACCUGAUUUGUUCAGGUUUCCAUUACUUAUAAUUGAAGACAAGAAAGAAACAAAGCAAAAUGUUAUCCAAUAGCCUCAGGUUCCUGUAGCCUCAUGUACUGUUUCAAAUAUCAACAAGAAGACGUUGUCAUCAACAUCAUGCGGCCUUAUACAUAAAAAAGAAUUGAAUUUGUUUCCAUGGAAACACAAAUAUAAUCAAUUCUGAAAAAUUUCUAAUUAUCAAAAGGCACAACCUACUAUAAUAAGUUCAUGUAUACAAUUACAAACAAAGUAUCAUAAAGUUUUCUUGAACGGUUUAUGCAUAUUCUCCGGAAACAAAAUCAGGAUUGAGGACGGAUUGAGUUUGUGCCUAACUUUUUCCGAUAGGGGAUAACAAUUAUAAUCAGGAAUGCAAACAAAAUGUCAUAAUCUUCUGUUUUCUAAAUUUUGAUGUUGAAUAUUAUAUCCCAUGCCUCUGUUUUGUUUGUUGAUGCUACAAUCAGUACAGUUACUAUAGUAACAUACACAUUUGGACAGCAGUUUGUUUCAUACAUUAUAUGUACCUGGUUAGCUGCACACAACUAAGAUUAAAAAUUUGAUUCCCUGUGUUUAUACUGUAUCUGUAUUGUGCGAUUACUAUUGUGAUGAAAUCCCUUAAUUCAGCCUACUCUUAUAAUGCACAGUUGACUAAAAUACAUACAUAAACUUACAUGAAUGCCAGUUCUGGCUAUAGGUUCUCAGAAAUUCUUUUUGUUUGACCAAGGGUACCAGUUUAAAAAAAAAAAUUCAUUUGUGUAAUAAUUAAUUAAUAAUAUAGAAUCUUAAAACUUUUCACCGAUUCUAAUUGGCAUAAUAAAAUAAUGUGGGAUUUGUGUGAUAGAUCAUAUUUAAUUGUAUAGUUUUAUAAUAUAUUUUAAGCUCAGACAUUCUACAGUAAUUGUACAUGUACUGACCAUUAGAAUACAAUUAUAUUUAUUAAAUUUAUAUAUCUAAUGGAUCAAUAUUUAUAAUAUUUCAAUUAUGCACAAUAUUUACUAAUAUAUCUAAGUAAUACAUUGGUAACAGGGUACCUGAGCUGAGGAUUCCAAUAAAUUUAUCUUAUAUUGAAGCAAUUAACAUUGUUCAGGUCAUUAACCCACAUGUACAUACUGAAGUACAACAAACAAUGUUAGUUUUGAAAAUAGAUUUUGAAUUGGAUUUUUCAUGACUAAAUCCAAUUGUAAUCACACAGAUUGUCUCCACUUGGACCUCAACAAAUUUAUCGAGCAUGAAAAUGUCAAAGAUAAUGCAGAGGUAUAUAUCUGUGUCCAACAUAUGACAUUGGACAGGAUGUAUUGAGACAAAAUUGUAUUACAUGCUAUUUCAUCCUGACCGAUGUUCAUUGUAGUUGAAUGGAGUAAUAUCAUACAUAGAUUUUGAUUUCCUAUGAAAGUUUGUCCAUUGUGUUGUGUACUAAGGUGAAUCAUGGAAAGUGUAUGGUUUGGAACCAGAAGGGGAGUUUACUGGCAUACCUUGUUCCACUCGUAUCACUUUUGGAUAAAUCAAUAACUAAUAAAUGUACAUUAACUGGAUAUAAAUUAUAAAACAAGCAAGUGCUAUAGAAGAAAAAUAUAAAGGUUAAAUAAAUUGAAAUUACUUUGUUGGUGAAAAAUACUCAUUUUGUAUAUAUUAUUGAUCAUGUUGCAUUUAUGUUUUUAUAAAAGGACUAAUUAAUUAAUAAUUGGUUACCAUAAUUAGAAUGUUUGUUUUAUAAAGAUUUGUUCUGAUCAAUUACAUAUAGUUAUCUAAAUUAAGUUAAAUUAUUUUUUAUUUCAUGUCAGUUAUUUAUUCGCAUGUAUACAUACCAAUAAUAAUAUGAAUGGAUUUAUUUAAUUAAAAUUGCUUUUACCUAUGAAAAGAGAGCAAUUAUAUAUGAGCUCAUUAUAGAUUUAUUUAAAUUGAACCUCAGAAAUAGGUUAAAAUAAUGCACACUUAACACAUCUUACAUGACAUGAAUCUAGUAAGACCUAUGGCUUAUUUUAGUGUGGAUGAUGUUCAUUGAAUUAAGUUCUUAAAUGCAUCAUGACAUUAUAAUUAAUGCUUAAAAUAGCAUGGUGCCUUAGUUACUUAACCUUGUGAUUACACUGCAUUAUUUAACAGUAGUUUAUUUGUGUACAAAUAUUAUUAUUUAUUAGUAUCAUAUAUUUAUGACAAGAAUUAAUAUUACUGUUAGUGAUUAUAAUGUUAUAUCAUUUUCACAACUCAGAAUGAAAUAGGACAUGACUAGGCAGCUUUAUAUUACUUUUCAAGAAUCAUCCUAGACAUGGAAUGAAAAGACAGUAUGCCUGCUGCCAUUUUUAAUUUGUAUGUUAAAGUAACAAUGGGUCAUUUGCAUUUUUCGCUAAAAAUAUCAAUUUUCUCAUAGCUUAAUUCACACUUAUAUUAUUUAAUAAAACAAAAUCAAAAUACCAAGGCUAGAUAAUGUCCUGGCUUGGAUUCAAUCAGAUUUAAAACAGGUCUCUCAAUAAAUUUUCACGGACAACAAUAUGCAAACAGCAUAGAUGGAUAAAGUUUCAAUUCCACAUAUCUUUGUAAAUACAGAACAGAUUUGAGCCAUUUUUGGACUGAUAUACCUAUUAGAGAAUCAUUUUUCACAAUAUUGUAGUUUGCAAGUAAUUCUAUAGUGCUAAAAUGACACACAAAGACUUUUCAUGAAGAAUGCAAUUAUCCUUCCAUUGUUUUAAAACUAAUGGAAGGAAUUACGGCCACAGGUUGUUUUAGCAAGUUACAUGUACAUAGUUUGAUGGUCUGCCUGUACGCGUAACACAAUUCUAGUAAACUUAUUGUGGUCAUGUUCAUAAUCUUAUCUCUAUCUUAUCAUAAUAUUUAAUAAACUCAGUAUCUAGUUACCAGAAUUAAGUACCAUUUUUAAAAACACUGUAUUUUAAGCGAAAAUAAAUAUUAAGAUAUUAUGUUUUUUUUAUGAAUAAGGGCUGAUGACUGCAGAAACUUUAUUCCUUUUUCAAACCAAUGUAUAUUAUAUGAAUGAAAAAGAACAGCUUUUGAGUGAAAGUAAAUGUUAAGAAAUAAUAUUCUGUUUGUUUCCAAGACUUUAUUUUUUCUGGGAUUAUAUUCUAAAUGUAGAUAUCAUAUAAACAUUAUAUACAUCAAUAAUAACAUUUAAUCAUUAAUCAUUAAUAUUCUCAGUGAAUUUAUUAAAAAUCCCAUUUCUACUUUAACACUGAACGUACUCACCAAAAUUCAAAUAAUCUCAGUAAACUACAACCUCUAAUAUUUGUCAGUUUCUAAAAAUGAUGUUUUGUACAUCUUUCAUUAUGGAAUGAUUUAUAGUUGUGUUGGGCCCCUGCUGAUAUAAUGAUUAUGUAUCAUCAAUUUAGUAUUGACCUUUCUAGAUUAAAAAUGGGUCCUUAACUAGCCUUGUGUUUGAAACUAAUUUUUCAGCAGGGUUACAGAUUUUGGAGUUAUCUGAGUUUAUUUGAAUGAUAUGAUAUUUCAAACAGACUGAUUAAAUAUUUUGUGAAAUGCGAUAUGUAGGAUGAAAAUUCUGUUAAUAACACAUUAUCAAUAUUAUUUAAUUUGUAUAUUUAGAUUUUUAAUGUAAUGAAUAUUAAUUGAUUUUUAAUGAGAAUAUUAUAAUUAGUUUUAUACUGUAUUCAUCUGAAUUCCCAAAACUAGCAAAUUGUAAUUAUAAGUUAACAUGGUAACUAAUACAUACAUUAAUAAACAAAUAAUUACAAUUAUUGUUAUUUCUUUUUUUAUUAUAAUUAAAAUUAUAUCUUUCUUU